AUGGCAUCCAUAUUUACAUACGACCCCGAUGUGCCCACCGUUUCCUCUCCGUGGGCAACACCUACAGACUCCCCGAAACCAUCAACACCGCAACCUAACAAUCGAAGCGCGAAAUCGACCCUGCUUCCACCUUCGGGCGAGCUUUCGGACUAUGGGGUUACACGACUGGAUGCAGAGCCUCAAGAUGGCCCCACGGAGUAUAAAUUACACUUAUUGCUCAGGCCCAGAAGGACCUACAGCUCGUCAACUACCGGCGAGCCAGUUAAUCGAUCUGGGCAAAGUAAGCAACAGCGCCCUCGCCAAACUCCCCCCAAUACUUCGACUCCAAUCCCAGCACCCUCGAAUCAGUCUAGGCAAACCCGUUUGGAGCAAUUGACCACACAACUGCUGUGGCGACUGCAACAGUCUUCUCCUUAUCAUGCCUCAUCUACUAGUGAUCUUGUCCUCCCAAAACUGCCCGAAGCUGCGUCAGGCUUGCAAACACCAUCUAGACCCGCAAAACUCCUUGCUGGGCUUGAAGAAAGCCGGGGAGCUCUCUAUGAAAUCGGUGUGUCCGACGAUGGGUCGUUGGUUGGCCUGACCAAGGAUGAGAUGGAUGAGAGUUUGACCAAUCUCAGAGCAAUGGCAGCCAGUCUAGGGUGUACCCUUGAAAUCGUACGUAUGAUAGUGGUAGGAGAAUGCGAGUGGCAGGAGUCGUUAGCUGGUACAGAAGCCUCUCACGGACUCCCUUCGGAGGGAGACCAGCGGAAAGUCGCAGUCCCCACAGCCUCCAACGAUGUAGCAAAGGCACUCCGUCACCAGGCACAGCUUUGGGUUGCAGAGGCGCUUGUAACCCCCGACUUGAGCUCCAGAGAAGCUUAUAGAGCAAUCGUUCCGCCACUCCUGCCACGCGCCGAGACUGAAAUUCAAACUGCAGCCCAGCUUAUCGAUUUUUCCAAACCAUUCCAAAGGAGGGCUCGGGCCACUGAGCAAUUACGGGUGACUUUGACUGGCCCUACAACUUCCGGAAAAUCCACCCUGUUGGGAACCUUAUUGACUGCAACAUUCGACAACGGCAGAGGCAAGAGUAGACUUAGUCUUCUAAAACAUCGACAUGAGAUAGCAUCCGGAGUAACGAGUUCCGUAGCACAAGAACUACUUGGUUAUAAAGGCGCGGAAGUCAAAAACUAUGCAUCUGGAAAUAUCAGCUCCUGGACGGAUAUUCACGCUUCGGCUGAAAGUGGCCGUCUGGUCUUCGUUUCCGAUGCUGCGGGUCAUCCCAAAUAUCGUCGAACCACGGUUCGAGGGCUUGUUGGAUGGGCCCCGCAUUGGAAUAUCCUUUGUAUCGCCGCUGAUGACGGUGACAAUGCUCCAAGUGGCGCUGGUGGCACAUCAUCUGCUCAAGAUAUACUUGGAACAGUUGGGUCCGGCGUUGACCUCGCGAAAGCACACCUCGCGCUUUGUCUAAAACUCGAUAAACCCUUGGCGAUCAUUAUCACCAAGAGUGACCUGGCCUCGAAAAACGGUCUGCGUCAAACUGUAUCCAAAAUUCUCUCUGGCAUAAAAGAUGCAAAUCGGACGCCUUCAAUUUUCCCGCCGGAUCAUUCAAAAACUAUUCUGGAGUCGGAUUUAGGUACGAUUAUAGAGAGGGAUGAUACCGCAGUUCAAGAUAUAGUCGACAAGAUGACUGUCGCCGGUAGCCUUACGUCUGUUGUACCUAUACUUAUGACUAGUGCAGCCAAAGGGACUGGUAUUCGGUCCAUGCAUGCUUUAUUGCGGGGACUGCCGGUCCCACCUACUCCAACCUCUCGUGAUUUUAUUGGACCCGUUUUAAAUCCAGAGCAACCAGCUUGCUUAUUCCAUAUUGAAGACGUUUUCGGAGUCCCAGCGUCGUACGAAUUACUCGCCUCUAAGGGCCUCACCUCAAAUGAUACUGGGGUUGUGGUAGCUGGAUAUUCGAGAUUUGGAGAAUUUUCGGUUGGCGAUACCAUCGUUGUGGGCCCGUUUCCAGCAGAAGCAGAAGAUGAUUAUUCAUCUCUCAGCCGAUCCGCAGCAAAAUCCUCGCCAGCCAGCCUUGGGAUGUCAUUGCCUCGUGCAUCCAGUGCUGAAUUUGUCCGGAUUACCUCUCGCAAUGCUACUUCAGCAUCGGUAACAAAGGGAGAAUGGCACAAUGCUCAAAUUGUAAGCAUGCGUAAUCUUCGUUUACCAGUACAUACACUCGAGGCUGGCCAGGUGGGCACCCUUGGAAUCAUCUUUAAUCUCCUAGAGGAAGAACGAUCGAACGGUCCUUUUGAGCGUCCAGCACGAGCUGUGCCCCAAGUGCGAAAGGGCAUGGUCGCAGCGAUUCCAAGUCGCCAUAUGCUGGAGACCGGGCAUACGCUGCAGGCUGCGACUGGAUUCACUGCAUCUUUUGAAGACAGCGAUGUUAACUCUAUUACACCGGGGAGCUUGGUGGUUGUAUAUAAUGCUAGUGUCCGUGCCUCUGCAAAAGUCUUACGCGUCUUCCCUCAUGAAGAAAAUGCCUCUAUAGCUUGUUUAGCGGAAGAAGAAAAGUUGGAAGAGGUGGAAGAGGCAGUCUUUGGUCUAGAUGAAGAUGCUGGAGAGGGAGUAGAACUGCCUGCAGCUCCCAUUUUUGGUUCUGAUGGUGUGAUUGACUUGACGUUUGAAUUGUUGACUAAUCGGGAGUGGAUUGAGCUAGGAUCGCAAAUUCUGGUCAUGCCUGGAGGUGGUCAUGGUCUCUAUCAUGGGACAGAGAGGGGAGAGAAAGGAGUUGCUGGGUUAGAUGGCUUUGUAGGGAAGGUCGUAGAGGUGGCAGACUAG